UGAGAAAAAAGGGUUUCGUGUUUGAAGCCUUUGAACACUGCCAUCCCGUUCCGCUUGUGUCUGCCGCCGGCGCGCGAGUCCACCACCACCUCCACCGGGUUCCGCUGCUCCGUUCUUCUUCUUCUUCCUCUUCUUGCAAGUGAUCAAAAUCUCCGUUUCACUGAUUUCGGGUAUUUAAUCAACCAGCAUAUAUCACAGUGUCAAUUGCAGACAGUGUUAAUUAAUUGACAAAGUAAACAAUGGUGUUUUGUAGUCACUGUUUGAAAAACGUUCCCGGAGAUCGAACCCCCGAUAAAAAACUAUGUUGUAGACUAUGUGGGAAGGUAUUGGAGGAGUUUUAUUAUUCUGAUGAUCCUGGCUUUACAAAGGAUUCAUCUGGGCAGAGCAGAAUAUCAGGCCAGUGUGUAAGUUCAAUCCAAAGUGAAUUCUCCGCCUCGCGGCAAAGGACUUUAGACAAUGCUCAUGCAUAUAUCAAAGCUAUGAGUUGCAGCCUUGGAGUGGAUGAUGAAAAUAUGUUCAACCAAGCUUUAGCUUUCUAUAGAAUAGGACUUGAGAGAAAUUUCACCAAGGGACGUCGAUCGGAACUAGUACAGGCAUCUUGCUUAUAUAUCGCGUUCCGGCAAAAUAAUAAGCCAUACCUUCUUAUUGAUUUUUCGAAUUAUUUAAGGACUAAUGUGUAUGUUCUAGGUGCAGUUUUCUUGCAGCUUUGUAAAUUGUUGAGUCUUGAAGAGCACCCCAUUGUUCAAAAGCCUGUGGAUCCUAGUCUUUUUAUUUUUAAAUAUACGACGAGUUUGUUGAACCAUAGGAAUGUUUGUGUCACUCAAACUGCACUCAAUAUUAUUGCUAGCAUGAAACGCGACUGGAUGACGACGGGGAGGAAGCCGGGCGGGUUAUGUGGUGCAGCAUUGUACGUGGCUGCUCUUGCUAAUGGUUGGAAAAAAUCUAAGUCGGAGAUUCAAAGAAUUGUCCAUGUAUGUGAAGCGACGUUGACUAAGCGGUUGGUGGAAUUUGAAAAUACAGAAUCUGCUAGCUUGACAGUUGAGGAGUUGAAUACGAUGGCGAAGGAGCUUGAAAACAAUCCUGCUCCUGUUAAAAUACCAAAUGGUGAAGGUGAAGGUUCAAAGGAUCUACUAUGUGAACACAAGGCUAGUGGUAAAGUGCCCUAUUUUGCUCUUGGGUUAUGUGAAACAUGUUACAAGGAUUUUGAGAAACUCUCUGGUGGACUUAGUGGUGGUUUGGAUCCUCCUGCAUUCCAGCGUUCUGCAAAAUUACAUUCUGAAGAAAGCGCCAAGAAAUCCAAUGAAGAUUUGGUGAAAGCAACAAAUGAAGCAUCAUGUGAGAGUCGACUAGACAAAAAUUUGCAUGCCUCUCAGCCUGAAAGUAUUAAUUGUGAGCAUGAUGAGUCACAUAGGGAAGAUGAUAUGAAUGCGAAAACUGACGAUGAAGAAUCAGAAAGUCUUUCAGAUAUUGAUGAUCUGGAGGUUAAUGGCUACCUUCACAGUGAGCAGGAAAAGCAUUUUAAGAAAAUUAUUUGGGAAAAGAUGAACAGAGAAUAUCUAGAGGAACAAGCAGUCAAGGAAGCAGCUGCAGCAGCUGCUAAGAAAGCUUUUGAGGCGAAUUUCGAAAACUGUUCUGAGGAUUUGCUUGCAGCGAGAGAGUUUGCUGAAUCUACUGCUGCAUCUGUGGCAAAAUCGAGAAAGGAAAUGAAAAAGAGACGAGCCGAAGAGGCAAAAAGCUUGGGUCCUCCUCAAUCUGCUGCAGAGGCCACUAAGCAAAUGUUGAGAACAAAGAGGCUCAGUAACAAAGUCAACUAUGAUCUCUUGCAAUCAUUAUUUGAUGAACCUGUUGCUCCAGAGAAUCCCAAGAAAGUACGAUUUGAGAUACCCUCUGAUGAUCAAGAUAAUUUGAAGUCCAAGUUUGGGGACAAGAUACAAGAUGAUGAACUGGGAUCAGUGGACGAGUUUGAGGAUGACGAUAUGCACGGAGAUUAUUAUGGAAAUGCCGACGAGGCAUAUGACUAUGAGGAUGAUGGGUACAGCUUUGAUUAUUAGUUAAUGGUUCCUUAGGCUCUUUCUACUUUAGUUAUUUGUGACUCUGGAAUCCCAUUUUCAACAUGGCUGGCAGUGCCUGGCACCAGAAAUCUUUGGAUUCUGACUAUCUGAGAGUCAUCCAAGAGACUAGAAUCACUGAUUAGUUUUACAUCCUCUGUCCUUGAGUCCUUCACUAUGACUACUCUGCAUUAGAAUUUCAUUUUCGUCCAAUCAAUAGUCACAGCCUUAAUUCCAUGUGUCUUGAGAGCUUUGAAGUUAGUUACAAUUGCUUCUCAUCAUGUAGUUAUUUACCAAACUCGUUAAUCAACCUUACCAUCUGAUGAAAUUUUGGUGUUCAGUUUGUCUAAAAAAAUAAUAUUGAGAUAUGAUUGGAUUCAUGUGUA